GCGCAGGAGCUAAGUUGUGGAGCACAGGCUUCAAUGUCACAUCAUGGUGCAGGUUGAAUUUUCAAGUGCGACGAGUGUGCUGCACCUAAUUUCAGAUGGGCCCUCUUCCAAUGCAUUGUAUAGGGAAUUAUGGCAUGCCUGUGCAGGACCACUUGUCACCCUUCCUCGCCAAGAUGAACGAGUAUACUACUUUCCUCAGGGUCACAUGGAACAGCUGGAAGCCUCAAUGCAUCAAGGAUUGGAGCAACAAAUGCCUUCGUUCAACCUUCCAUCAAAAAUACUUUGUAAAGUUGUCAAUGUUGUUCUUCGGGCGGAAUCCGACACGGAUGAAGUUUAUGCUCAGAUUACUCUAUUACCAGAAAGCAAUCAAAGUGAAGUAAUGAGCCCAGAUCCUCCCCUUCCUGAGCCUACAAGAUGUAAUGUCCACUCAUUUUGUAAGACGCUCACUGCUUCCGACACUAGCACUCAUGGUGGCUUUUCUGUUCUUAGGAGGCAUGCGGAUGACUGUCUGCCACCCCUGGAUAUGUCUCAGCAGCCACCAUGGCAAGAAUUGGUUGCGACUGAUUUACAUGGGAAUCAAUGGCAUUUUAGGCACAUUUUCCGAGGUCAACCAAGGCGUCAUUUGCUAACAACUGGGUGGAGCGUCUUUGUUAGUUCCAAAAAGCUAGUAGCUGGAGAUGCUUUUAUCUUUUUAAGAGGUGAAAAUGGAGAGCUUCGCGUUGGGGUCAGAAGACUCAUGAGACAGCUGAACAAUAUGCCAUCUUCUGUUAUAUCAAGUCACAGUAUGCAUCUUGGAGUUUUAGCCACUGCUUCUCAUGCUAUUGCAACUGGAACACUCUUUUCUGUCUUUUACAAGCCAAGAACAAGCAGGUCUACAUUUCUUGUAAGUCUGAACAAGUACCUUGAAGCUCAAAACCAUAAACUCUCUGUUGGCAUGAGGUUCAAAAUGAGGUUUGAGGGCGAGGAAGUACCUGAGAGAAGUUUUAGUGGAACAAUUGUUGGUCUUGGAGAUAAUGCGUCGCCUGGGUGGGCGAAUUCUGAGUGGCGAUCUUUAAAGGUGCAAUGGGAUGAACCUUCAUCCAUCUUGCGUCCAGAUAAAGUGUCGGCUUGGGAAUUGGAGCCACUUGUUGCUUCUAACCCUUUAAGCUCUCAGCCUACACAGAGGAACAAGCGUCCACGGCCUACUGUUUUGCCUUCAUCUUCACCAGAUGCAACUGUACUUGGUGGGUGGAAACCUACGGUUGAAUCUUCUGCUUUCUCAUAUACUGAGCCACAGCGUGGAAGGGACCUAUAUUCAUCACCGAAGUUCAGUACUGCUGCUUCAAAUUCACUUGGUUUUAAUGCGAAUAGUUCUCUUGGUGCUGUGUCCAGCAACACUUACUGGUCUAAUACCAAUAGGGUGGAAAAUAUUAUGGACACUUCAUCUCAUGGAGCAAACAGGGAACCCACUGAAAAGAAACAGAACACUAGAAGCGGAUGCAGGCUCUUUGGGAUCCAGCUUCUUGGAAAUUCUAAUGUAGAUGAAGCUUCUCCUGUUUCAACACCUAAAAUGAUCAGCGAGGAUAGACUGGUUCCACCUUUGGACACAGAAUUUGACCACCAUUCUGAACCAUCAAAUGCUCACCGAUCAGAUAUUCCUUCAGUAAGCUGUGAUGCUGAUAAAUCAUGCCUGAUUUCCCCAUUAGAGUCUCAAAGCAGACAAAUCCGCAGCUGCACAAAGGUUCACAUGCAAGGAAUUGCUGUUGGGAGGGCUGUAGAUUUAACCCGGUUCAAUCAGUAUGAUGAUCUACUUAAGAAACUGGAGGAGAUGUUUGACAUAGAGGGCGAGCUUUGUGGCUCUUCGAAGAAAUGGCAGGUUGUUUACACCGAUGAUGAAGAUGAUAUGAUGAUGGUUGGAGAUGAUCCUUGGAACGAGUUCUGCAGCAUGGUGAGGAAGAUAUUCAUUUACACAACAGAAGAAGUGAAGAGACUUUCGCCCAAGAUAAAACUCCCACUGGGUGGAGAGGCAAAGCUUAGCAAGCCAGAUUCCGAUACGUUUGCCAACCACACAGAUGAUCAAUCAUCCAUCGUGGGAUCAGAUUGCUGAUAGAGACGUAUCCUAUGUCGUAUAGUCAUUGGCAGAGGAGAAAGAAAAUGUGGAAUAUUCACCAGGGGGAUGGAGAAGUGGAAGAAAAGGAAUGGUUUAUAUAGCGGUAAGAUUUUAUCGAUAGGUAUCGUUUGCAGGGGUUGGCUGCUCUCUUUUGACCGCCAAUGGAGUGGAAUCCGGAACGAGGUGUUGUUGUAUUUUCACUUGGAAGUACUGAAGGUUCCGACGACGAAAAGCUAGCUGCAGGUGCUGCUACAUGUAUGAAAGAGGAGAAGGGGGGGGGGGGGGGGGGGGGGGGGGGGGUGGUGCGCGGUAACUGGUGAAGCCUUUCUGAGCUCAUCAAUAGAGUGAGGAAUGAAUAUGUUAAUGGAGUUGUUUGGACUUCGAUAUGGAAUGUGGGUUAGCAGAAAAGACUGUCCUGUGUUUUAAGACGUUGAAACGAAUACUUCUACGUAAUAAUGUUCGGUUCGGUUAAUUUUGGGCUUUACCCUGUCUCCUGAAUUUCAAACCAUGUGAGUCAGCUUCAGUUGCAUUUUUGUACAUAAGAAAUAUGAUGCUGUCUUUUUUCACCAUUUUGAUUGCAGGGGUCUCUUUUUGUAUUGGGUUGUCAAUGACAAUGGAGGAGGAAGAAGCUCAAAACACCUUCCAUCCUUCCAAUGUAAAUGUAAUAUUUAUGAUUAUGUAUUGAUUUGGAUUUUGGAGGUAGUGAGGUACUGCUAACUGGUCAAUGGGUGCAGACAAGUAGGAUUUUUCAUGUGUUUUAAGAAUAAUGUGGGUUGAAUAUUGAUGGAUGUGUUGGGUUUUAAUGCAAUCUGCAAUAGCUGUA